UAAAAUGACUUGAUGUGCGAAAUUUAUUAUGCAAGCCGUAGUUGCGUAGCUCAUCAGGAAACUCUGAUUCUACCCUUUUCUCCACGCAACACCAUCUUUAAUUUAUUCUAACAACUUCAUCUUUCUACCCUUUAUCGUGUAUUAGUUUCUCCCACUACCAAAGUUGUUAAUUUGAAUAGUCUCUUGUGCGGUGUAAACUCUAAGAGAUCAGACAGACCUGGAAUGCAAAUAUCAAUUUCCAUUUCAAUUUCUCCUACAAAAAGAGAAAAGAAAGUGUAAUGUUGACCUUGGUUUAAGUCUAAAAAUAUAUUUUGAACUUGGGCAUGUCUAGGAGAUUUCCCAUUUGCUCCCAAAAAGUAUGACUUGGAAGAAUUGACCUGUUGAGUGGUGGGCUCAAUUGAUGAAAGCUUACUAGUCUCUUCUAAAGUCUAAUAACGCGGAAAAUGAAGACUCCUAAUGACAAUUUAGCAAAUGGGAACCAUUCCAAACAAUGCCGGCCAAUAAAGCUUCAAUUGCCCUUUUCUUCUUGUUCUUUUUCCAACCAGAAUGUCAAUAUAUUGUCCUCUUUCCAUUACAACCACAACCACCAUUUCAUUUGAAACAGCUAAAAUGUAAUUAAGAAGCCGAGAGAGAUUGGAACUGCUCUUGUUUGCAAAGUUAGAGGAAAGUGGUCGUUUCUGCCGUUAAAAAAUUAACUGAUAUUUCUACCAUAGAGUUCUUGAAAGUCAGCAGCCAACGUGGUAAAGAAGGAAAUGGAAGAAAUUGGUGUACCAUGUAAUCAAUGGUAGACAAAGUCAAUGAGGAUCUGUAAAUCAAAGGAGAAACUAGUAUUAUUAGGUGAAUUCUGCAGAAAUAGAAGAGGAAAAUUGGGUGAAAUUAAUAAAAAUGGCUUCACCUUGCGGGACAGAGUCCUCAGGAGGCUGCUGCAAUGGCUGUUGCCCAAAUCCUUUUGGUGGGCUUACGGAGUUUCAUCUUCUAGCUCAGAAGUCUCCAACAACCGCUUUAUCAGCUCGAAAAGAGUUUGAUGUUGUCACAACUUGUGCUCUUUUCCCAACCAAUGUUCAUUUCACCAAUCAUGAAUCAAUUCCUUCAUUAGAAGAGUCAUAUUCUAACUUCACCAAGGUAUUUACAGAGUACUCAAAGACUGAUGAGGCUGAUCAAAUCCGAUCCCAGCAUUAUUUUCAUCUCUCGUCGUUGAAUCAGGUUUGUUUUGAUUACAUUGGCCCUGGGCUCUUCUCUUAUACUCAGCUACAAGAUGCACUUUCUUCGUCUUCAUCAGUUGAGUUUGAACUGACCUUUUUUGACAUUUGUUACAAGUCUGUGAGAUUGAAUUCUAGAAUGCAAUAUGGCAGUGAAGAAUCGGAUUUGGAAUUCAGAUUCCGGAGAAGAAUAAUGGAUUUUAUGAACAUUUCUGAAGAUGAUUAUACCAUGGUGUUCACAGCAAAUCAGUCUUCUGCUUUUAAGCUUCUUGCAGAAUCUUAUCCCUUUUAUUCUAACAAAAAUCUACUCACUGUUUAUGACCAUGAAAACGAGGCAGUGGAAGCCAUGGUGGAAAGCUCCAAGAAGAAAGGAGCGCGAGUGAAGACCGCUGAGUUCUCAUGGCCUGAUCUGACAAUUCAUUCGGCAAAACUGAUGAAAAAGUUAGUGAGCAAGAGCAAGAAGAGAAAAAAGGGACUUUUUGCAUUUCCUCUUCAAUCAAGAGUGAGUGGAGUAAGGUAUUCAUAUCUGUGGAUGAGUUUGGCUCAAGAAAAUGGCUGGCAUGUGUUACUAGAUGCAACUGCAUUGGGGCUUAAGGACAUGGAUACAUUAGGCCUCUCCCUUUUUAAGCCUGACUUCCUCAUCUGCUCUUUUUACAAGAUUUUUGGAGAAAAUCCUUCAGGGUUCGGCUGCUUGUUUAUCAAGAAAUCUAGCGCUUCAGUCUUAGAGAGUUCGAAUGGUCCUGCAAGUGUAGGAAUUGUGAGCCUUGUCCCUGCUAUGAGACCAUCUCAAGUGCCAGAAGGUUCAACUUUUACUGGUGUAGAAAUGGAACUAGAGACAACUAAUGAACUCACCAAAUCUAAAACCAGAGAAAUAAGCAUGAUUGAUGAUGGGAAAACAAAACUGCAAUGUAAAGGGUUGGAUGAUGCAGAUUCAUUAGGUCUAAUACUGAUCACUCAUAGAGCAAGGUGUCUGAUAAACUGGCUAAUGAAAGCAUUAACCAGCCUUCGAUACCCAUAUUCAGAAGAUGGGUUCCUCCUGGUCAGAAUAUAUGGAGCAGAUGUGAUGUUCGACCGAGGCCCAGCUGUGGCAUUCAAUAUAUUUGGUUGGAAUGGCGAAAAGGUUGAGCCUGCACUGGUGCAAAAGCUAGCUGAUAGAUAUAACAUUUCAUUAAGCUGUGGAUUUCUGGCGAAUAUAAGUUUCUCAGGCAAGUCUGAAGAAGAACGGGAGAGGGUAUUAGAGAGGAGAAGUGGAGAAGGAGACAGAAAUGAUUCAGGGAUAUCAGUGGUAACAGCUGCACUGGGAUUCUUGACGAAUUUCGAAGACAUAUACAGGCUUUGGGCAUUCGUUUCAAGGUUCUUGGAUGCAGAUUUUGUGGAGAAAGAGAGGUGGAGAUACUUAGCUCUUAAUCAAAAGACUAUUGAAAUCUAAACUAGUAAAAUCAUUACUUCAUUCUUUAAAUUUAUAAGUUUAUAUGGGUAUGUAAUUAUCAGGGCAGGGAAUAAUUUUGCUUCGAUUUCAUCUUAAAAAUCUAGCUAUGCUAUUUUAUUGAAUGCCACAAUGUACCAGCCUUGGUCUCUCA